CGGUGCAUUCGCAGUGUAUUUGGGGGAUGCAGCUCCUCACGAAGCGAAGCAUGCACACGCAGGGAACACCGGACAGCCUUUUGUCUUUAAAUGACCCGGUUUGGUUUCAUAUAUGUAAAUAGAAGCGACGCAGACGUUAUUAUAAACACACAGCAGGUUAAAAGGCGGGACUUCCUUCCGGCUGUUUAUCUCAGUGUGCAGCGCGAGGCGAGCCAGUGCAGGUUCAGAUAACAAGGUUUUCUCGUCACACGCCACACCAUGCUGGGCUGCUUGCUGCGAGGAGGCCGCAGUCCUCUGGUCUGCCUGUGGGCCCUGCUGCUGCUGCCGCUGGUCUCUCUCCAUCGCUUGAACCAACACGGCCACAGGAGCCACAGCGUGAGGGAGCGGCCCAAGCUGCUGCUCGUGUCCUUUGACGGCUUCCGCUGGGAUUACAUCCACCGGGUCCCGGUGCCUAACUUUCGCAGCCUGAUAGAUGACGGAGUGUUGGUGGAGCGGGUGGAGAACGCCUACAUCACCAAAACCUUCCCCAACCACUACAGCUUGGUGACGGGGCUGUAUGCUGAGACGCAUGGCAUCGUGGCCAUUGAGAUGUACGACCCCACUCUGAACCGCUCCUUCUCCAUGGAGACGGACAGUAUUUAUGACUCACGGUGGUGGGAGGAGGCGGUGCCUCUCUGGGUGAGCAUUCAGAAAGCUGGAGGGCGGAGCGGGGCUGCGAUGUGGCCGGGAUCUGAUGUGAAGAUCCAUGGCAUGUUCCCUAACCAGUACCUCCAGUACAACUCCUCCGUCUCCUUUGAAAGCAGGGUGGAGCGGAUUAUUGAGUGGUUCUCUGCACCCAAAGAAGAAGCAGUGGAUUUUGGAGUUCUGUACUGGGAGGAGCCGGAUGAGAGCGGGCACGCCCUGGGACCCCUCAAUACCCUCAUGGACAAAGUCAUCGCCGGGAUCGACGAGAAUCUCGGCUUCCUCAUAAACGAGCUGAAGAAGGCAGGGCUGUAUGAGAAGGUGAACCUGAUCGUGACCAGUGACCACGGGAUGGCGCAGCUCUCCCCCAAUAAAAUCAUAGAGCUGGACGAGUACGUGAGCAGAGACCUGUACACCUGGGUGGACAAGAGUCCGGUGGUGGGGAUACUGCCCAAAGAAGGGAAGCUGGAGGAGGUGUACAGUAAGCUGGUGGACGCAAACCCGAACAUGAUGGUGUACAAGAAGGAAGACGUUCCCGAGCACUUCCAUUAUCAGCACAACGUCAGGAUCAUGCCCAUCCUCAUCGAGUCCAAGGAGGGCUGGACCAUAAUGCAGAACAGGAGCAGGCGCUACAUGCUUGGGAACCACGGCUAUAACAACUCCCUACCCAGCAUGCAGCCUGUGUUCGUGGCCCGUGGGCCGGCCUUUCGGCAGAAUUACGUCAAGCACUUCAUGCGCUCUGUGGACCUCUACCCUCUCAUGUGCCACAUCCUGUCCAUCCACCCUCUACCAAACAACGGCUCCCUCUUAAACGUUCAGGACCUGCUGUCUGUGGAGCCUACUCCAUCCCCGCCCCCCACCCUCACUCCCAGAGUCAAUGGAUACUCCUACGCCCCCGUCGUUGGUUCUUUCCUGGGCGUGGUGAUGGUGCUGGGCUUUCUGGUGGUCUACAUCAGACAAGUGACGCUCAAACAGCUGCCCUCACUAAAACACAGAAGCAGGGAGAUGUCGCAGCCCUUACUGCAAGAGGACUUGCACCUGUAGCUGAAGAUAGAGAAAUGAUGGCAGACGUAAAAGAAGAGGAGGUAUUGCUCCCCAAGGUAGUCCGCUCUGUCCAGAAGCAUCCCCGAACGCCUCCCUUAUACCACUAAAUGCCAGUGUGCUGCUCUUUUUAUUAUUAGCCGGAGAUCAAGGGAAUCUAACCUAAUCAUGUACAGAGGUACGUCUCGCUUGUUUGAGUGUAAGGGGAAUGUCUGGGGUUUGCUUCUGGUGCAGGCUUAAUCAAGAUAAUAAACCUUUACAUGGGCUUUAUAGUGGCUUUGCUUUGAUUGUGAAUUUUACCUAAACUCAUCUCAUCAUUUUCAUCGUCACUAAAUAAGUAAAAACUCAAAGCUAAGAGUGGAAUUUAACCUGUGACUCUGGCAAGUACGAACCUUUGGUGGCCAAAAUUGUGACCUGGAUAACAUUAAGGUGUCAGUAUGCUCGAAAUCAACUUGUAUUUUGGAGGUGAAAGAGCAGCCACAGUCAUCGGUGGGGUGAAAAACCUUAACUGAAGCGUAACUGCACCAACAAUCUUUCCUUGAUGGCAGUCAUAGUUUGUCACUCAGUUGCACACAGGGAAACUUUUUGGAAAGUUACAUUAAUGUCCGACACAGUCAUGGCUGUCACUGUGCAGGGACUAAGAGUGCCUCAAUAACACAACAUAUGGUAUUAGCGCCUUUUUUAUUUGGCAAAAUGUUUCAUUUAAACAGUUUUAGUGCUUAAAAAUAAGCUUUAUUGAUGCCUCCUAAUAGACAAAGAUGACAGUUUUAAAACAAAUUAAAUACUUACAUAAAUGGGCAUUAAGCAUUAAGUGCUUUUUCAGCUAAGAUGCUUUGUUUGCAUCUGGUUGCUAUGAUACGAAAUAUCCGCGGACGUAAAACUGUCAGCACAAGGUAGAGUGCUUGCUCUGGGUGAAGGGGAGGCUGAACGGACGAACCUGCCUAUCGAUGUGGGUUCUGAAUUAAUUUUUCGUUUCUCCAGUUGGUUUUUCUGGUAUUUGUCUUGCCCCUCCUCCACUGUGAUUGGACGGCUUGUUAAAAGUAACAGUGACAAGCAGCUGCAGCAUUUUACCCAGAGUUCAACAUUUCUCAACGACCAGAAAACAAUUGCCAAACGUGUAGCGUUCAGCACAGGAUAGAUGCUCAGUGCUUCGUCAGGCUGCUGGUGUUUGUAGCAAAGUGUCGGCGCUCCCACCGCAAAGAAUUUAAGAAACAUGCUGGCCGCAUACUGACAUCUUGACAGUAAGGCUGGAGACAUGCUUGUUUUCUAAUCAUGUGUUUGCAUAGACAGUGGGUUGCGUCGUAAAAGAAAGUAUCAUUCACUCUCGUUUGUGUACUACGUGUGUUACUGCAGGAUUCCACUAGAGGGCGCACCAGAGAACUAAUGUGUGUCCACUGGGUGCGAAUAAAACAAUUUCGGGUCAUACGUUUAUUCACGAGAGUUGAAAAAUACGAACUUCAGCGACCAAUUUGCACUGCGAUAGCCAGUCAGCAUUGAGAUCCUCCGGGGACGUAUGACGAGGAGGACGUGCCAAGUGAAAUACAGAGAUUUUAUGCUCGUAUGACGCAAGUUAUUUGCGCGUAUGAAGGAAGUCAACACAAAUUUUCUAGCAUUCAAACUUGCCCUAGUAAUGCCUAGCAAAAAUUUGACGAACAUUAGACGAUAUAGAACUUCCAUAUUUGGGUCAUGUAAACAAUAAACACGGCAACACUCCAGGAGAUUAUUGUAUUGUUAAUUCUGAGAUCAGUGUGGCUCACGGCAGAAAAAGCGGCAGCAGCACCCUCAUAGCUAGUAUGUAUAAAGCAGAUCAUGACGGGGGUGAGUUUCUUUCUCUCGUUCUGCCAACACUGCCCUGACCGUUCAUGUGUGUAUCACAUUUUGAGGACACGUCCCGUUGAUUUUUGAGGACGUGCCCAACAAACACUCCAAAUGAACGCACGUGACGUGAGGCAGCCAUGAUGUGCACACAAACACAGUUAAAAGCAAGUAUAUCUCUGACCUAACAGAGCUAUGGACAACAGUCGAUUACUUGGUGUAAGAAGAAGGUCAUGUCAGAUUUUUGCCACCAACUGUUCUACUUAGAAUUUCAUUUUUAAUACAAAUGCUGUGAAUAAUCAGUAAAGCAUUCAGCUGCAGUCCCUGGAGACUGGCUGGGGUCAGUAUUAUUUCUGAAUGUGACUUGGAAGCAGAUGUUCCACUAAGGACUCACUCAGUGUGCCAGGCUACUGUCGUAGGUCAUCCCAUGAGCCGAUCACAUCACGACCUUGCUCUUUAGUAGUCAGUUACCAUUUGCCUUUUAACUUAACGGAGAACAUCUCUCUAAGGUGUGCAAUCGUUUGUGUGUCAGUCUGUUUUAUCUUUGUUUUUGUAGAGUUUGUGUUUGGAGGGCAUUUUUCUGUAUAGAUGACCGUGUAUCGCCCUGCGUUGACCGUCAUAACCAUGACCAUUUGUUGGUGAAAUGUGAAGUGCAAUUGAUAUUGGUCAGUAUUUCGUAAUAGGGAUUAAAGGGUUUCGUUGUUGCUUGGUUGAGAAGACUAUUUGGGCAUGACUUGCAAGAACUGUUCCCCUGACUUGCACUACAGGACAGAAACAAAACAGAAUGAAGGGGGCAGUAGUUUGAUGCUUCGUAGGUCAUGUAUAAUUUGCACUUCUUGUUCGUAGUUGCGAUUUAAAAAGAUAAAAAAAGUUAGGUGCCUCUUGCCAAAAAGCUUUUUAAUCAGCAUAAUCAUAGAAAAUCAAGUAGAAUCCAAAUCUGCAAAUUAAUAAGUCUAAUAUUUUUUCAGCAUCUUUUAAGAAACAAUUGGUUGGAUUUUCUCCUUAUGCUUUUAGAUGCAUUGACUAAUAAUACCUGUGCCCAAAUCAAUGACAGACAUCACUGUGAUAUAUACUUUGUACGAAAUUUAAAUUCUUAAAUUGAAAGCAUUUAUAUGGAAAUUGUUAAUUUUCUGAUAAUUGUCUUGUUUUAUGAAAGAGAAGUGUUGUCUGAUAAUUUUCCCCUGACUUGUUGACAGAGAAAUGAAAUAUAUCCGCAGUAUAUUUAAAUGAUUCAUUUGAAAUUGUUAGAGAAGAAGAAAUAUUAGAUCAGGUUUAUCUCAGUUGAUUAUGAGCUGGAUUUGAAAUAUGGAAAUUUAAUAUGAUUUACAAAUUAACUAUCUUUGCCAUGUUGAUGCAAUUAAAGAGUCUUCUGAAAUUAAAGGGACUUACUGAAACUGAAA